AUGGCACUUGCAUUUCCGCCACAUGCAAUUCAAGCAAUAUUGGAAAUUGAAGGUAGUUUAUUAAAUAAUAGGUUAUUUCAAAAUUUAGAUGAGGAAUUAAAUUUACAACCACAAUCAUUAAGAGAGAGUAGAGUACAAAAAUCAUCAAUCAAUAGAUAUUCAAAAUUUAAAAAGAUACUCCAAGAUCCAAUUAUAGAUUUAGAAGCAUUAAGAACUUUAUCAUGGGGUGGUAUACCAACUGACCAUAGACCAUUAGUUUGGAAAUUAUUAUUAAAUUAUUUACCUUUAGAACAAAAGAAUCAUAAUAAAGUAUUAUUUGAUAAAAGAAACCAAUAUAAACAAUUGGUAAAUAAAUUUUAUCAUACACCAACAACUACAGCAGCAGAUGAAAAAAUAUUGAAUCAAGUAAGAUUGGAUGUACCAAGAACUAUACCAAAAGGUUUCAGUAAUACAACAUUAUUUAAAAGUGCAAUACUUCAUAAUUGUUUAGAGAGAAUUUUAUAUGUUUGGUCGUUAUCAAAUCCUUUAAUUUCCUAUUUCCAAGGUUUAAAUGAUAUUCCUGCUCAAUAUUUAUUAGUAUUUUUAUCACAAUAUAUACAUUUAUGGGGUGACUUAAAAGAUUUAAAUGAUGAUAUAUUAGAAAAAGUUGAAGCAGAUACAUUUUGGUGUUUUUCAUUAAUGAUGAAUAAUUUAAAGAAUAGAUUUAUAGAUUUUGGAGAAGGUAUUCAAAGGAUGUCAGAGAGGUUAAAGGAAUUGGUUAAACUAAAGGAUUCAAGCCUAUCAGAUCAUUUAGAAGAAGAAAGAUGUGAUUUUGUUUUGUUUUCAAUUAGAUGGAUGAUUUGUUUAUUGUGUAGAGAAUUCGAUUAUACUCUCUCAACCAGAUUAUGGGAUUCAUAUAUUGCACAUGGUCCAAAUUUUGGUCAUUUUCAUAUCUACAUUUGUGCCGCUCUUAUCACUACAAGUGAAUGGGUAACUCAUUUAAAACAAAAAGAAUUUUCAGAUGCAAUCGUUUUCCUUCAACAUUUACCAACUCAUACUUGGAAUAUUUGUCAUAUAGAUUAUCUAUUAGUUAGAGCUUAUAAAAUAUUUUUAUUAGAAGUUAAAUCUUUAGUUAAAAAUUCUUUAAAUUCUUUAAUUAUUAAUAAUAAUAAUAAUAAUAAUAAUAAUAAUAAUAAUAAUAAUAAUAAUAAUAAUAAUAAUAAUAAUAAUAAUAAUAAUAAUAAUAAUAAUAAUAAUAAUAAUAAUAGUAAUAUAGAAAAUAAUAACAAUAAUAAUAAUAUUGAAAACGAAAAAGAAAAUAAUGUAAAUAAUAAUAUAAUUGUAAAUAAUAAUUUAAUUUUAAAUUCACAAAUGAAAGAAAUUCAUAAUUUAUAUAAAAAGACUAUUGAAAAUCCACCAAUGGUGGAAGAAAAUGAUAAUCCAGUAAUGAUAAAGUCAAGUAAUAUUAAUUCUCAACAACAAAUUUUCAAACAAUCAAUUCAACAAAUUCAUCAACAAGUAUUAGUUUCAUCACUUUCAAAUGAAAAUAUGAUAAAUGCUGAAAUGAUUGAAAAGGUUUUAGAGAUAAUUCCAACCAAUCUAUUGGAUUUUUCAGUUUUAUCACCAGAGGAUGCUGAUAAAGAGUUGGUUAAACAUGUUACAAUGCAUUUGGUGUUGAUAAUGGCAACCUUAUUACUCACUAGUGUUGUACUUUUAAUUGUUAUCAUAACUUCAACCCUUACAAUUACUUCAAUGGAAUUUUAUAAUAAUAAUAGUAAUAAACCUCCAAAAAAAAAUAAUUAUGAUUUGGAUUAA